GUCCGGAUGAUGUGUCGGUUCCUCUGAACUUAUUGGAACUUGAUCCGGUUUUUAACGCAGAGCCUCGCAGGUUGACUUGAAUCCAGCUCAGCCGUCAGUGGAUCUGCUGAGACGUUCAGGAUAAUCGGAUUAUGCGGCUUUCCCCUUUGACCUCUGCCUGUCCGUGACGGUUGCCAUGGAGACUCCGUUCUACCACGAUGACGCGCCGGCCGCUUCCGGCUUCGGCCCGAUGUCCGAGUUCGAGCGCUACCCGGGCGGGAAGAUGCUGAUGAGCAAGAAGGCGGCGUCCAUGGGCGGCGGCCACCACUUCCUGGGCGGAGCCAACGCCGCGGCCGGAAGGAGCGGUAACCAUGGCAACCUGGGCCUCCCGGGCAGCAGCGCCCUGAUGGCGUCCGGCUCCUCGUCCGCGGCGGCGGACAUGAACCUGCUGAAGCUGGCGUCCCCGGACCUGGAGCACCUGAUCAUCCAGUCCAAUCAGGGCCUGGUGUCCACAAGCCCCGCCCCCGGCGCCGCCAACCCCUUCCUGUACCGCGGCCAGGCCACCAACGAGCAGGAAGGCUUCGCCGACGGCUUCGUCAAGGCGCUGGCCGACCUGCACAAGCAGAACCAGCUGGUGGGCGGCGGACACGCGUCCCCGCCGGCGUCCUACCAGAGGAACCUGAUGUCCGGCGGCGACGUGCCCGUCUACACCAACCUGGGCAGCUACCCCCCGGGGCAGAUGCCCUACGCCGGGGGGCAGAUGGCAUACGGCGGCGGGCCGCAGAGCCGCGGCCCGGACGCCCCUCAGACCGUCCCCGAGGUCCCCCACCCGCCCGGCGACCCCGCGUCCCCGCCGUCCCUGUCCCCCAUCGACCUGGAGACGCAGGAGCGAAUCAAAGCCGAGCGCAAGAAGCUGCGCAACCGCAUCGCCGCGUCCAAGUGCCGCAAGCGGAAGCUGGAGCGCAUCUCCCGCCUGGAGGAGAAGGUGAAGGUCCUGAAGAACCAGAACUCGGACCUGGCCUCCACCGCCGCCAUGCUGCGCCAGCAGGUGGCGCAACUCAAGCACAAGGUCAUGAGCCACGUCACCAACGGCUGCCAGAUCGCCGUGGCGGCCGCAGCCGCCAAGUCCGCCAGCGAGGACUCCAGCUGCUGAGCGACCACACCUGGACAGGUGAGGAACCGUCGGCCAAUCGGAUUGCAGCGGAGGCGGAGCCAGACGGAGAAACGCUUCCGGUUUGGGAAUCUCUAAAAGCCGUUUCCGGGAUUCAUCCGACCCGUUUCCGGCUCCAACAUUUUAACGGAUUAAAGCUGAAGAAACAACAUUUAACUUCCAUAUUUUAACAUUGAAUUGAAGAAUUUCCAUCAAACCAGCAGAAACUGGAAUUUUCUCUUGAUGAUAUUUUCUUGCAGUUUUGCAGAAACAAACAUUCAUACGAUUCUUUUCUUCUGGCUGCUUCACAUUUAUGAAACACUUUGAUCAGAUGUUUUAUGGAGGUUUUGGUGGAAAACAUGUUUUUUAAUCUUCCUACAUGAAAAUAUUCAUGUAAAUUUAUUCAGAUGUUUUGUGGCUCAGCUGCUCUGACAGCAGCAGGCAAAAUCUUUUUAUUCUCAUUUCAUCCAGAAAAUAUUUUCUGAGCUGAACUUUGACCGGGAAACGAGUCGAUGUGAUUUUCUAGAUGAACAGAAAUGCUUUGAAUUAGGAUCAAAAUUAGUGGAAAAUAAAAGCUGUAGAAGGAGAACGCCCCCUGCAGGCGUCAGGCUGGCAGGUUAAUAAAUAUACAAUGAAUCCAGUUUCGUUUUCAGAUUCUCGUCGGUUUUUAUAGAUUUUAAAGAUUUCUGGGCUUCACUGGGUUUAAACUGGAGGUUCAGUUUGAUGGAUCUUUGGAUCGAUGCUGAAUUUUUCUGUUAUGUUUGAAACAAGACUAAACUCUAAGCUCAUUGUUGACAGUUUGAAAUUAAUUAUUUGCUUAUGUUUUGUCACUAUGAUCAGUUUUUGUAAUUGUUUCUGAAUCCUGCAUGGAGAUUUCUACGACAUUUAAAUAACCUGUUCCUCCAGUUUUAUAUGGUUUCAUAAAAAUUCACACAAAUUUAACUGAUCCUGCAACAAAAUUAUGACUUUAUUGCAAAUUUCCUACAAAAAUAGUCAAAAGCAUUGUGUGUAAAUGAUGCUACCUCCCACCUGCAGGUGGCAGUAGCUCCUACUUCCACUUGAUGUUCAGUUUGUGAUGAUGUCACUAAAUUCUGUAAUUGAUUAUUGACUGCAAAACAAAAAAUAACUAAAGCAAUCAUAAAAUCCUGGAGGGAUAUUUAAUGAUGCUCUGAAAAAAGCACAAUU